GCGAGGGAGAGAGAGAGAGAGAGGGAGGGAGAGGGAGAGAGAGAGAGCGCGAGAGAGUCUGAGCGCGCGCGACAGUCACAGCGCGCCUGACUGACUGAAGAUUGAGGCGGUUAAAAUACAAAACCCGUUGAAAAUCGCGUUUCAGAAAAGAAGAAAAUUCAAAUUUAUCUGAAUUUUAACGAGGAUGCCAUUUACCCGGACUGAGGUGACAUGGUCUCAAAGAUGAGGGGAAAUAGCAUUCCUGUGUUCUGCCGAUCAAGAAAACACAAUCAACAUGAAGUCAACUUUGAUGGACACACUACAGCUUGAAUACACAUCAUCAGCUUGGAUAUACUGUGGCUGUGAGGGAGCGGUGCUGGUUGCCUUUGUUGACUGAGACUGGAAAGAUUCCCAAGGAUCUUCUGGCAAAUGUUAUGCUUAAUUCAGUGCCUACAACUCAUGGGAAUCUUACCAUAAAAAGCUGCAAUUUCUAUCGGUUACUAACACCAAAGGACAUAAAGAAGACCUUGAGCCCUUUAUCAAUUUCCAGAAUCAAGAGAACAGGUGAAACCGCUCAAAAUCAGACUGCUCACACCUACACAGCAAGGCCAAGGACAAUGUGGUAUACUCACUAGAUGAGCUUGUGACUGGAAGCAAAAAAGGACAAGAAAAGACCUGUGUUCCCCCAUUACUGCAUUUUUUGGAAAUUCAUUUAAAUUGACUCACCAAAAAGAGUGGGCUACACUGCCUUGAACUAUGGCCACAGAGAGCCUUAUUGAACUCCGCGAUUGGUUGUUCCUACUUCUCCUGUGCCUGACGUUAUUGGUGGAAGUCCUCGAGUUUGCCGCAGCAACGGCGGCUGCCGCCGAGGCCGCUCUCGGAGAGGCUGAGCUUCAGGGUGAAGUGCCAUGUCCCUCCACCUGCAGGUGUGAUGAUGGCUUCAUUUACUGCAAUGACCGAGGCUUAAGUAUCAUCCCUCCGUUACCAUUAACUGCAGCUGUGCUCUAUUUGCAAAACAACCGAAUAGACAACGCUGGGCUACCAACAUCUUUAGAGCAACGACUGACCAUCAGAGUAGUCUACCUUUAUGAUAAUGAACUUGACGAUUUUCCAACACAUCUGCCUCCAUCGUUACGGGAACUCCACCUACAGGACAACAACAUACGAACUUUACCUCGCUCUGCUCUUGCACGACUCCCCUUGCUGGAGAAGCUUCACAUGGAUGACAAUUCGGUUUCCACCGUAAGCAUAGAAGACAAAGCAUUCGCCAACAAUCCAAGGCUGCGACUUCUUUUCUUGUCACGUAACCACCUCUCUAGUAUACCAUCAGGACUGCCAGCAUCACUUGAGGAGCUAAGGCUGGAUGACAAUCGAAUUUCAACUAUCCCAACGCACGCAUUUCGAGGACUUUCCUCUCUAAGACGUCUCUUCCUUGAUGGAAAUCUGCUGGCAAAUCAACGAAUCGCAGAUGACACAUUCUCACGUCUGUCCAACCUAACCGAGCUCUCUCUGGUUCGUAACUCUCUCCAGGCCCCGCCCUUAAACCUUCCGAGCAUGCAUCUUCUUCGUCUCUAUCUACAAGACAAUGCCAUAGCCCACAUGCCACGAGGUGCCCUGGAUGGCAUGCGAAGACUACAGAAACUGGAUAUAUCAGGCAACAAUUUAACAACUCUUCCAAAAGGUUUGUUCAAAGACCUGGACAGCCUUUCGCAGUUACUUGUUCGAGGGAACCCGUGGUACUGUGGCUGUAACCUCCGUUGGCUUUACGACUGGUUGUAUGAGCGAGGUACAUCAGUGACUGUGAGAGGUUUAACCUGUCAUGGACCAGAGAGAGUAAGAGGCAUGGCACUACGGGACCUUAGCAGUCAUUUGGACGACUGUGAGAUCAGCGCAGACAACGCUGGAGGGAUGGUUGGAAAUGAUGCAGCAAAAAAAGACACAGGCAGUUUUCCAACACAAGUACCAGCAACGACAACGUCCCCGCUUCCCCAAGGGUCUCUUUUCACCCUCAGGUCCAGACGGCCGGGACACAAGUAUUCUGAUAUAGGACAGGAUAGUCUUGGCGGAAGUGGCUAUGUGGGUAAAUCAUUAUUAAUAAGUGUGAAACCACUCACACCAGAAACAGUACACGUUACCUGGCAGGCUGCACACGUUGUUCCCUCCUUCAGACUUUCCUGGCUGCGACUAGGAAACAGUCCUGCGAUGGGGUCAAUCACAGAGACGCUUGUGCCAGGGGAUCGACGGGAGUAUUUACUCACGCAAUUGCAUCCCCAAUCAACUUAUAUCAUUUGCUUGGUGCCUCUUUCUGCAAGCGAAGGUAGAAGAACCCCCUUCACGGCAGGAGGCGGCCUAAACAUAAACACAAACUCAGAACACGAGCAUCCCGCUUGUGCCAAAACAGAGACCGAUCCACUGGAACAGCCUAUUUCAGACCAGGAAAGCGAUCGAGGAGCUGACCAAUUAUCAGCUUUACCGCUCGCUGGGAUUAUAGGAGGCGCAACAGCAUUGGUCUCUUUGUUCUUAAUUUUUGGCAUCUUCUGUUGGUAUGGACACCGCGCAGGGUACCUCGCGCCAGGUGACCAUUCCAUAUACGGAAGGGACGUUGUGGCAUCGCGAGGUGCCGGCAAACAUUAUGAUGACUAUGUAGAAUCUGGAACUAUAAAAGACACUUCAAUAUUGGAGAUCAGGGCACACGGUUUUCAAAUGACGCCGAUGUCUGCCCAACAGCCUUUGCAGCCCAAGGCAAAAGUUGAGGAUAUGACAUACAUCCAUACUAUUUUUCCCUCUAAUAAUACAACUCUUUAUAGGAGCACUCUCAACCACACUGGAAAUCCAGGUUAUGGAACAAACAGAGGGUAUAGAGAAGGGGGAAUACCAGACAUAGAUUACUCGUACACGUGAUAGCCUUUUUAUAACCCCCUGCCUAUUGUGUUCCUGUCUUCGGGUAAUGCAGUUUGGUGAGGGUUCUUUUUCCCUAGGUUCCAAAGUAGGGGUGUGCCGAUUUUCUGGGGACUUUUUUUACUUAUCACACUCAUAAUGUUAUUACUGUAUAGUGGAAUUUAAGUAGUUUGUUUAUUAUCUAAAUACCUAUAGUUAACAUAGCAUAGUUAUUAAUUAUACCAUUGAAGGAUUGGUGUAACAUUAAAAUCUGGAUUUAGUCAAUUUAAUUGUAAAAUGUAUGCCACAGAAUAAACAUCAACAAAAAUCAUUCCACAUAAGAGGAUCUAAAUUAAAAAUUCUAAGAAAAAAUAAAACACCAGUCUACAAAAAGUCUCAUAAUUAAUUUUAAAAUGCAGUAUGUGGACGGCAUCAUACUACAGACACAAUACAUUCAGUACACAAAUGUUAACAUGGUUAACCUUAAAAAGGUUCAUAAAAAGACGCCUGUGAAGUCCUCUUAUUGUGAAUGAAGCAGGUUUUCAUUCGGCACACCCCUAUUCCAAAGUACCCUUUUGUGCCUCCUUCACUCUAUUUUCAAAACCUUGUUCUUUAAGGGCGAGACCCGUAAACAUCUAUUAUAGUCAGAAAGUGCCAGGGAUACAAGUCUUGGUGUUGAUGUUAACCAAUAUUCUGCAGAUAAUUGAAGCUGUUCAUGUACCAAUGAUUAUGAGUUUCCUAAAACUAGCUCAUAUAAGGGUUAGCACGAUGACGAGAUUUGGGACCUGGUCAACAUAGGUAUAGUUUUACUAUGUGGAUUGUAUCGUGUACUGUAUAUAUGCACUGGGGAAAUCUCAUGCCUUUCCGUUAUUGGGGAUACUGACAGUAAGAAGUCUUUUCUGAAGCGUGUUAUUCAAAUAUUUCAGUUCAGUCUCCUCCUUUUUUGAGCUUUCCCUUUAUUCUCUCUAUUUCUUUUGCACGCAGCACGAGGACUUUGUUCCUGACCCAGGGAGCUGACAGUUGUGAUAAUGGUUUUGACAAUGAAAGGCCUCAAAUUGCUACUGGGUUUCUUUUCUUUUAAUGAGAGUGAGAAAAAAGCAAGUGAGACAAAAGCAAGAGUAGGAGAUGAAGGCAGGGAGAAAGGUUUCAUGUUCGUAAAAGAAUAAAAAACAGACAUUGAAAAUCUUGUCUGCAAAAAAAAUAUUCCAUUCAUCACAUGAAGGAGGUUUCAAAAACAACCAAACAAUUUACAAAGCUCUGUAGGUUCACCUCAACAACAGACAACCGCAUUUAAAUGAUGAUGUUUCCAGAAAGCAAGUUAUGACCACGAAUAUAUAUCACGUCAUCACACAAAAUAGAAAGCCGGACUUAAAGACAAUCAUAAGGGGGAACAUCUAAUUGAUGAAUCAAUCCAAACUGACAGGCCAACAUAGAUAACAGUCCAUUUAGCACUGAAGAAAAGCAGGCUAAAGGGGUAGGGUUUAAUACAGAACAUAACAGUCUUUUGGGAAAUGUCAUGAGCACCAGAUUCAUCAAAGUAGGUCACAAUACACAUAUAUGUGUCAGCUCAUUACAAUGUUUGUGUGUGAAACACUGCACGUGUCUAUACCCCUGAGUUGCAGGAAAACAGAAAUCAGGGAUUACUAAAAAUUUAACACUGUGACUGCAUCUUGUGUGUGGCCCAUAAAGGGAGAGAGAGAACAAAGGUCUUUAACCGAUUAAAGACAAUCCACUUUUUUCACGCUCUGACUCUGUGACGCAUUAGCCUGGAGAGUUGAAAAGUAGGAACGCUGAAAGAAUAUCUCUACCGGAUCUGAGAUUUCCAGCCUUUUGUGAUGCAUUUUAAAAGUGAACUAUUCAAAGAAAUAGUACAUGUAAAUUACUUCUUUCUCUGGUUCUAGAUAUGGAAUACCAUCAUGAUGGAUAGUAAAUAAAGCUUGUUAUCUUUUUCAUUGAUAUAUGUACGAUUAAAAGUUGUGAUGAAACGCA